AUGCACCAUUCUAUGCAACACACCCAAACUCACCUGAAGCUGCAAGCGACUGUUGUCUUCCAGAGAUUAGCUUGUUUAUCCAGUUUUUGUCUGAUUGAGGGCUUAAAGUAUUUGAAAGGUGAAGCUAUUGCUGGAUGCCGGGACAAAAAAUUGUCCGAAAUGAUUCACAUGAUAGCUCUUUCAACUGUUAUUGGCAGGCUAAUAUUCUCUCUUUAUCCUGAAUGCAACAAAAAUACUCGUCCUCUUUGUCGCAAAGAUAUUUUGCCACGAGAUUAUGGUACAAAGUAACGAGAUAUUAGUGCCAAUACAGCGAUGAUUCUUUGGUCUAAGGAUAACAACCUAGACAACCGCCCCGGAAGCUGA